GUGUUCCCGCUGCUCGUUUUCCCCCUUCUCUUAUAAUAAAAAAAAGCAAUUUUAUCAAUAGUCAAUACGAAUAACACAUGUUGGUUGCAUAAUAUAUGUGUCUAUUGUAGUGGAUAAGUGGUAUAAGUAGCAUUAGAAUUAAAUAAGAUAGACCAACGGUCUGGUGACCUUACAAAGUAUGAUGAAUCUCUGUUUUAAUUUUUUUUGUGAUAUAUGAUGAAGGAUUACCCUGUUUCGUAAAUUUCGAUGAUAAAUAUGCACCGUAUAAGCAAAAACGAUAUUAACCGUUAUCAAGAUAGUUUAUCAGAAUUUAUUUAUUGCUUUCAAUUAAACGAUGGGCUGAAGCACAGUAGUGGGCGAUAAUAAAAUCAGCCACUCCGUGAUCCAUGUCAUAUACACAGACUUUACAUAACGUGAGGCGUCGCGUCUUUGCGCGGGUACGGGAAACGCGGCAACGACUAGCGACACGGCAUUCGGUCCCAGACUCAGUACGGAGCAGACGUGUCGCUAACCGUUCUACAUUUAGUUCCCGCGAUCAAGUGUAUCGCACAUAAAUACAGCAUUGCGACGGACGCCUAAACGUUUCACUAGUCUUCAAAAUAAACAAUUGAAUAUGUCAGAUAAAAGAUAUAUUCUUGGCAUGGAUAUUGGCACAACAUCAGUGAAAGUGUGCGUCUACGAUCCAAAAACAAGAGAAAUAGUCGCAAAACAGAGUAAGGACACCGCAGCGAAUAUACCUAGUGAUCAAGGCAUAGAAGGGAACAAGCAGGAUGUUCCCAAAAUAGUGUCAGCCGUCCAUUACUGCGUGUCCCGGCUACCGAGAGAUGUUCUACGACAUGUCACGAGAAUUGGCGUCUGCGGUCAGAUGCACGGAGUCGUGUUGUGGAAUAACGGGGCCUGGGAAAAGGUAGAAAAAGAAGGAGUAGUAAUGCGUUACGAAGCUACAAGAGAAAAAAUGUCCGCUCUGUAUACAUGGCAGGAUACAAGGUGCAAACCAGAGUUUCUGGAAUCAUUGCCAAAGCCUGAUUCACAUUUAAAUUGUUGUUCCGGAUAUGGCUGUGCAACACUAUUAUGGAUGCUUCAUAAUAAGCCAGAGAAACUAAAGAGCUUUACCUAUUCAGCUACAGUUCAAGAUUUUGUAGUAGCCAUGCUCUGUGACUUAAAAAAUCCAGUCAUGUCCGAUCAGAAUGCUGCCAGUUGGGGUUACUUUAAUACAGAAAAAAAUGAAUGGAAUCAUGAUAUUCUUAAUUCAAUUAACUUUCCCACUAACCUCUUACCUAAAGUUGUUAAAAGUGGAGUAAUUGCAGGAGUACUGAGUGAAUCCUGGAACGGUAUCCCAGAAGGAACUCCAGUUGGUGCUGCUCUAGGAGACUUACAAUGUUCAAUCAUUGCAACAUUAGAAAACAGAGAAGAUGCAGUUUUGAAUAUAUCAACUUCUGCUCAACUUGCUUUUGUCGUUAACAGUAUUCAAGAUGUUGGAUGUGAGACUGUGGAGCACUUACCAUAUUUUAACAACACUUAUUUGCUAGUGGCCGCAUCAUUAAAUGGUGGCAAUGUGCUGGCAACAUUUGUAAAAAUGCUUCAACAGUGGAUGCUCGAAUUUGGAUUUCCUAUUCCACAAUCAAAAGUUUGGGAAAAACUUAUUGCUCUCGGCUUAGAAGCGCCAACAACAUCUGCCAUGAAAAUUUGUCCACAUUUACUGGGAGAAAGACAUGCACCUGCAUCUAAAGCUGCGGUUGAUAACAUUGACCUUUCAAAUAUUCAAUUAGGCUGUGUUUUUAAAUCUCUAUGUGAUAGUAUAAUAGACAAUUUACAUAUAAUGAUGCCAAAAAGAAUAUUACAAAAUGCAAACAUUAAAAGGAUUGUUGGCAAUGGAUCUGGAUUGUCUAGAAAUGCUGUAUUACAAAGAGCUGUAGAACAUUUCUAUAGUCUGCCGUUAGAAUUUACAUCAGGAGGAGACGCUGCCAAAGGUGCAGCUAUUGCUGUCUUGGAGUAAAUAAUGCUUGUUCCUAUUUAAAUAAAAUGAAAAUAAUUUCUUAACAAUACAACUAUAUAG